UUCAGCAACAAAUAAUAAGAAUCAUUUGCCAGUACAAAGGAACUAGAAUCUCAAAAGUUUUUAAAAAUCAAUCUGAAGGAAUCAAACCCUUCACGAAAGUUUAUGAGGAGGAUGUUGCUGUAUUUCUUCCUAGCUGUGGAUCUUAGCUUGGCUGCUCCACUGAACAGAGAUGUAUAUAAGUUGCCACCCAGCGCCUUGGAAGAAUUGUCCAAAAAAGGCACAAUAAUUUUGGAAGCAGCCCUGAAACAUGCUUUAUUGAAGUUAGAUGAAGUGCUCAGGAACAGGAAUCGCCACUUGGAAGAAUGCAAUUAUUGCCCAGCAUGUCUGUUUAACAACUGUGGAGAUAGAACUACUCAGUGUGGAGUCAUGCCUACCUCUGAGCCCAACUGUGAGACUAUUUUAAGAGCAAAAUUGGCGGAACCUGAGUCUGAGCGUCAUUGGGAGCUGAGUAAGGCCUGUUGGUAUUAUCAGACGUUCUGUCCAAAAGGAGGGUAUCGUAAAGUGAGCUGUCUGAAACAGAUGGAAGAACGCUGUCAUGCCCGGAUACUUCUGUGCAGUCAGACAGACAACAUGAAGAGCCUGAAUUCCAUGUUAAAAUCAGAAAGGAAAGUCACUUGUGGUCAGAAAGCAACGACGACUAAUCACACUGUUGCCAUGGGGAGGAUUGUUGGUGGGAACAGAGCAGCUCCUGGGAGCUGGCCAUGGCUGGUAUUGUUAAAACUGAAUGGGAAUGUGAUGUGUGGAGGCGUGUUGGUGCAGCAUUCAUGGAUUAUUACAGCAGCACAUUGCUUCACAGGGAACAGAAAUGAGAAUUACUGGCAAGUAGUCAUUGGUGAAUAUGACUUGAAAAAGCAAGAUACUGAGGAAAAAAUUUUGCAAAUCAACCGGAUUAUCACACACCCCAAGUUUAAUCAAAGGACAUUCAACAAUGACAUUGCCCUCCUGGAACUGACAGAACCUAUAACCAUAUCAGAGCAUGUGAACUUUGUGUGUUUGCCAGAAAGUGUUGGAGAGCUUCCUCCUGGGACAAUGUGUUACAUUGCUGGCUGGGGGUCACUUUAUGAAGAUGGACCAUAUGCAGAUGUGCUGGUAGAAGCAAAAGUGCCUUUGCUGGGUCAGAGUACGUGUAAAUCUGCACUGGGGAAGGAGUUGGUCACCAAUCAAAUGUUCUGUGCUGGGUAUCUAUCCGGCAAUAUAGAUUCCUGCCAGGGAGACUCUGGAGGACCACUGACCUGCAUAGAUCCUGUAUCUAAUCAGUGUUAUCUGUAUGGGAUUACAUCAUGGGGUGAUGGCUGUGGACAGCCAGGAAAACCAGGGGUCUACUCCAGGGUACCAAGUUUUAUAAACUGGAUCAACAAUGAAAUAAAAAAAUCUCCUGGAAGCCGAGAGCCAACCUGCUUUAACUUUCAAAAACUCUUGGAGCUGCAGAAUGCACAGCGAAAAUCUGAAGUUACCCGACUCUGUGCAUUCUAUCGUAGGUUCUGCCCACCUUUAUCAGAAACAACAGCUUGCAGCCGAUACAUUGAGGAAAGAUGCAAAGUGAAAAUGAAAAAAUGUGAACUCAGGACAUUUUUGCAGAAACUGCUGGACCUGCUUCACCCAGUGGAAGAAUUUAUCCGCAUUCGAGACAGUUUCUCCUUCUUCACAGAGACAGUUCCAAAAUUCAUGGAGAACAUUUACACAAACAUUUUUCCGUCCCAAGGACAGCACUUAGCAAAUCAUGAGAAAGAAUGGAUACAAACAAAUAAUCUGUUAGAAGAAAGACAUGGACGGUCGCUGGAAACUAAUUUAGAGUCAAAUAUUCAGCAGAAUAUCAGCAACAGAACUGUAGAAAUGGGAACAAUAGAAGUUCAAAACUUGUUCAAAGGUAUUGGACCUGAUUUGGACAAUUGGAUCAAAUAUUUUACUGAGAACAUAGAUUUCACUGAUGAGGACAGAGAACGGGACAAUACAGGCAGAAAAGAAGGGCAACUGUUUUUCCAGAUGGAAUCACUGAAAGGAGAUCUUCAACGUCUGUUGAGGAGCUUGAGCUCCCAGCCUGAGAUAGAUGAGAUACUAUCCUAUAUGCAGAAAAUUCCAAAUGAAGCAGAGAGUUUGUCUCCAACACUUUUGAAAGAUAAUGGACUGAAUUCAUCUAAAAAUGACUUGAGGGUGAAGAAACAAGAUGAUUUAAAUGUUGUACCAGACUCUGCAGGGUUUUUGAAAGCCAACGAUUGUCAGAGCAUCAAUGAAUCACUGUUUAAUGUCAGUUUAUUGAUGGAUGAAUAUAAAUGGAUUCUAUCUAUACCAACAGAGAAAUUGUCAAUGAGAUUUCAAGAGGUUCUGGUAGACAUGGCUUCUAAAAAUGAGAAAGGGCUGUUUAAGGCACGGGUGAAAGCUAUGGUUGGAGAUCGGCCUACAACCUUUAACAGUCUGAUUGGAUUGGAGAAUGACUCCUUUUACAGAAGCAUGGCACGGGUUAUUGGCCAGGGCUUGGAUGCUUUACAAACAUAGUGCAGUGCUAUAAAUGGGGUAUUUGCAACUCUGUUUCUCUUGUUGGGAUUCUGAUGUUAACAUCCGCGUAUGUUUCCAGUAAUAUGAAAAAUUCAACAAUGUAGGGAGAAUUUACUAUAUUGUUUUGGUUGCAGCACCUUCACAACUUUUAGCAGUUGGAAAAUGAGGAAGGAAUUAAAACUUUCAUGAAACAUUACAAAGCCUUUCACAGAAUUACUUUCAAAUGCAGUGACUGCUGUGUGGUCAAAAACAAUGUACCAACAGGUUUCGUAUUAAAUUGAAAUGUUUGGAUUAUCUUUUCAAAGAUUUUAGAACUUCUCAGUAAUGCAGACUCAGUUUUGGAACCUAAAGGAGUAAAGUUAAUUAUGUUGUUGACCAAAAUUCAAAAAUGGAAUAUCUUAAAUAUCUCGUUUUUGGUCCUGAUAAGUUAUGAAAAAUGUCAACCAUAGAAAAGCCACCAUAGUCCUGCCUGCUCAUUUGAGAGUGACAGCUAGUGGUGAAUUUAACCUGAGGGCCAUUACUUCAGGCAAGGAGAGAGGUUGAGAAUGAGAGUCCUUUAUGAUAGCUUCAGAUGGUAUAAGAAUUGAACUUAGGCCAUUAGCAUCAUUCUACAUUGAAAGGCAGCUAUCCAGCCAACUGAGCUAGUCUACCACCCAACAAAACCCAUUGGGUAGCCAUCAGAAGUUAUUUUGCUGGAACACCAAUUGUGUUCAUUUCUUUAAUCACAAAAUACAUCAGCUGUACAAUUAUUUGUCACUAGAGAUAUCUUGUGGGAAGAAUUAAGGGAAAUGAAGAAAUUAAUAUGGCACAAAUUUAAAUUUAAAUUCAGUUAAAUGUCUUUUGUCAGAGCUAGUCUUCAGUAUUGUUAGUUUUCCUAAAACAAGUACUGUUACAAGCUUGGUCACCUUGAUAUGAGAAACAUAACUUCAUUGUGUGGAGUAAAUUUGUGAUUAAUAUAUUUUCCCUGCAUUUGUACUUAAAUACAAGAAAUAGUGUGGAAAAUAGUUGGUUAAACUUGGUGACUUAGAAGAUGAUGGGGGAUCUUUUGUAGUAUGUUUCCAAAAUGGUUAAUCAACCUCAUUCUGUAGAAUAACCCUAAAUUUUUGACAAACUUCAAAUUAUUGACUACAAAUGGUGAAAAAAAAAUCUACCUGCUACUUUAAAUUGUAAAUGCUUACAACCCACAUAUUCUGACAUUACUAAUUUUUCAGAUAUUUUGGGCUAUCUACAUUGUACAAAUAUAACUUCUUGUAUAUUUAUAGUUGGUUGAUGAGGUUAAUAAGUCAAAAUGCAUUCAAGUACAAUAUAGUAACAUUAAUGUUGGGUUAAAAAUUUUUCACUUGUGUUGAUCUCAGGCAGAAUUGAGGGAGAAUAAUCAUGUUAAUGUAAGUGGAAUUUUUAAAAGUAGACCUUUUGGGGUGUGUUUGGAAGUUGUCUUCCUUCACCGCAGGACGGACGGACGGACGGACACACACACACACACACACACACCUCCCCAAGACGAUUGAAAUAGACCAUGGUCAUGUUGCUCGUCCAUCUGCAUUUACACCUGAAAAUUGCAUCAAGUAGACCCCCUCUUCACACCUUAAACUGGCAACCACACUCAUGCAUUUGAAAAUCAGUCAGUUGCUCCACAGAUUUCCGAUGAUCACAGGUAACAUAUCCAAUCGAAGUAGACUCUAAGUCAUCAGAUCAUUAACUCAAAAGGAUGUAUAUAUUUGAGCUUCCUCAACAAAUACAAUCCAUAAAACAAGUCAACUUCAAUCCUCAAAACAGCUCUGGAUUAUAGUUUGGUUUUGCCAGAAAAUUAGUCCCGGUUUAUGGUUUGUUUAGUUUUUAUUUUCUUAGAAAGCUGCUAAAUUCUUGUCACUUUGAGAAAUUUUGAAGUAGUAAAUGCAAUAGUCAGCACAGGCUGGCAGCGCAGGGCAAUGUUUCUCAAAGCAUUUCUGCCUUUUGUAAAAAAAAACUGUGUAUAUAAAUAUGUAUAAAUGGUACUUAUCCAUUCUAUUGUUGAUAGAUUGAAGUGCAACAUGACAGAAUCACUGCUGCUAUGAUGGUAUUGCUGUGAAGACACUUAUUUAUUAUUUGUUCAAUGUAUUUGAUGCAAUUUCUUUACAUUUGUGCUGAAAAGCCAUCAUAACUGAAAAUAAAGGG